UAAUCUCAACCCACACGGCCCCCCUUUCCACUCCACACACAACUCCCCUGCUUUUCAUCGUCUCCUUCUUACGCUCUCUCUCUUUUUCUCUCUCAAUCUCACUCUCUCCAUAACCAGAACCUCAAUUUUAUAAAACCAGAGAUGAUGGUUCAAAAGGAAGAUCUGGGUUUGAGUCUAAGCCUCAACUUCCGUCACAAUAUACCCAAUCCUCAACAUCUUACUCUCAUCUCCUCCUCUACUCAUUCAUCUUCCCCUUCACCUUCACCUUCAAAUCCUUUUAAACCCUCUUGGAACGACGCUUUCGAUCGAAACUCGGACACAUGCAGAGGCGAAACCCGAUCGUUCCUGCGCGGAAUCGACGUGAAUCGGUUACCCUCGGGCGUGGACAUGGAAGAGGAAGCGGGAGUUUCGUCUCCGAACAGCACCGUUUCGAGCGUGAGCGGAAAGCGAAGCGAGCGAGAACCCAACGGUGAAGAACACGACAUGAACAGAGCCUGUUCCCGCGGAAUCAGCGACGAAGAAGACGGCGAAACCUCAAGGAAAAAACUCAGACUCUCCAAAGACCAAUCGGCUAUUCUGGAAGAAAGUUUCAAAGAGCACAAUACCCUCAACCCGAAGCAAAAGCUGGCACUGGCAAAACAGCUAGGCCUUCUACCAAGACAAGUUGAGGUGUGGUUCCAGAACCGAAGAGCAAGGACUAAGCUGAAGCAAACCGAGGUGGACUGCGAGGUGUUGAAAAGGUGUUGCGAGAAUCUGACGGAGGAAAAUAGAAGGUUGCAGAAGGAAGUUCAGGAGCUUAGAGCACUGAAACUCUCCCCUCAGUUUUACAUGCAAAUGACUCCUCCCACCACACUCACCAUGUGCCCUUCUUGCGAGCGGGUGGCUGUGCCGUCGUCCGCCGUUGAUGCCGCCGCGCGUCAUCAUCCGAUGGGCCAGGCCCAUGCCCACAGCCGGCCCAUGGGCAUGGGCCCGUGGGGUUCGGCUGCUUCCAUUCCGCACCGGGGCUUUGAUGGUUUUCACCACUGAUUGUGAAUAAGAAUUAAUUUAAUGGAAUGGAGGUACUUGUAGGGUUAGGUGUGUAGCCGAAAACGAGAAACAGUGAGGUGUGGAUGUAGGAUAUGGUGAUUAGAAGAAGGGAUCUGGUGGGUCUCCAAUGUUUUGUACCACUUUGACUCAUCAUCUUUUGUUUUUGUUUGGAUGACCUACAUUAGUUAGGAGGUUUUCAGUUUUUAGUGUUACUUAACCUUUUCCCAUCUCAAACACUAAACACACACUUCGUGUAAACUGCAAUUGUCUAGUUAAAUUAUAUAGCUUUCUUUCACUAUUUCUCAAACCAUUCUUUUCCCACACAUACUUUUUAGUCUCUACACUUCCUAGGCAUCUUAUAACCACGCUUUCGGAUACCUUAAUAAACAAGUUUCCUUUUC